AUGACCAAUACAUGUGAUAAUGGCCACGAAAUGUUUUUGAAAGGUUCGAGGUGGCGAUGUCAACGAAGGGAUUGUCGUAAAGAGAAAGGUAUUAGGGUAAAUAAUUGGCUGAACGGUUCGAGAUUGCCGAUAAAUAGUAUUGUGUAUUUUAUAUACUCUUGGGCUCAUGAACUUACUUCAGUGACAUAUUGCAAACGUGAAUUGGGUAUUGGAAAAAAUGCGGUAGUCGAUUGGAACAACUACUUACGAGAAGUUUGUGUUUGGCGCAUGGAAAGCAACAAUAACAAUCAAGUAGGUGGUCCAAACUUAAUAGUUGAAAUAGAUGAAAGUCUUUUCGUACGCCGGAAAAAUAAUGCAGGGCGUAUAUUACCUCAACAAUGGGUGUUUGGUGGUAUAUGCCGUGAAACCAAGGAAUGUUUCAUAGUUAGUGUGCCAAAUAGAUCAGAAAUUACAUUGAUACCUAUUAUUAACCGAUAUAUUAGACAUGGUUCUAUAAUUUUUUCUGACAGUUGGAAAGCUUAUGCUAAUUUGCAACAACAUGGUUUUCAACAUAAUCAAGUCAAUCAUAAAUAUAAUUUCGUGGACCCUAACUCAGGAACCCACACACAAAAUGUUGAAAGAAUGUGGGGUUCGGCCAAAUGGGGCAACUAA